AUGGCAGACCACCUGUCAAGCGUGUUUACCAGAGUCUUAUUGCGAGGUAGCAGCAGCACAGAGGGGCAGCUUGCUUCCGUGCUGGAGGAGAGGACCACCGGCUUCACAGAUGUCUUGGGUCCGCCGCCCAACUCCUACCGCAACUCAAUCCGGAACGUCGGCGUCGUCUUCCCUGAGUGGCACAUCAGAUCGAGUCUCUCCUCCCAAUCCGGUCAAAGUGGAUCCAACUACGACUACAGCGACUCCGGUGACUCGAGGUCCAACAACACCGGCUACUCCUCCAACGCGGCGUCCGUGUCAGCGGACCUGGGUACCAGCGACGAGCUCACGAAGAUUGCUCAGAGAAUGGUCAGCGACGGCUACACCCAGCGCAUGGUACGAGCAUUCCACAACACAUCUCUCACGGGAACAAUUGGCCCGGACCCUGCGCUGAAGAAUUGGUUCAUCGAGCUAGACGUCGACUGGGUUCUUUAUUCACGGCUGCAGCUCCAGCUCCAAAAGGUGACUGCGUAUUGGCUCCAAGAAUUGGUCCAGAGGUGGAUCCGAGCUCUCAUCAUAAUUGUUGCCAGUAUCAAGGAAGUAAUGCUUGUCCACGACCACGAGGCACUGGCUGUCACACGGUUUGGCAAAGCAAGUAUCUCAACAAUGCUCGUGGUUGUUGACACCAUACUCAGAGUUAUCGAGGAGGAUAAGCUACAGACAGAAGAGAAUGGGUUAACUCAGGUCAUAUCCAACACCAUGAUGGACAUCAGAUCAUAUUAUUGUGACAACCCGUGGACUAUCGAGAUUGCACGAAGCGGAGGAAGAGUUCACAGAAAGAUUCAGUUUCUUGUGCAUUGCAUACUGUCGAUGAGGAAAGCAUGUGCUUCGACGCUCAACUCUGCACAAAGCCAAAACACUGUAAAGCUUCGUGACGCCAUAGAUGAAACAAUCGAUUAUCUUAAGGAUCAGCUUCUGAGAAAAUCGGAAUGGUUCUUGGAUCCAAGGCUCAGGUCUAUGUUCCUACUCAACAAUUCCUAUUUUGUUGCUCAGGCGAUGUCUCACUCUCACCCAUCGGGAAUUAAACUUACACCAGAAUGCGAGAAGUACAUGGAUUUAUAUCUUCACUUUUCUUGGGGACAUGUGUUGUCCUGCAUACCGAAAUCGAAUUUUCCUGGACUUCUACGUCGUUGGAUCAACACUUCUCCACUAGCUAAAUUUGAGUCAGCAUUUCAUAAAACAUACCAGACUCAGAAGUUCUGGAAGGUUCCGGACCCCCAGCUCAGAGAUGUGCUGCGCAGAGCUAUUAUCGAGAGAGUCAUUUCAGGUUCCCGUGACUACCUGAAGGAGCAUCCAGAGCUAGCUGAACAGGUUAGCCAGGGAAGCAACAGUCCCGAGGUUUUGGAGGACAUGCUGGGAGAGUUUUUUUAA